UCUGUGAAGAACAUCUUCUUCUUGAGCAGCAGAAGUGGACCUCCAGGAUGGAGCAGGAAAAACCCCAGCCCCCCAAUAUUACUCAGGAAGAGGAGGAGCCACAUCCCACCCACAUUAAAGAGGAAGAUGAGGAGCUACAGCCCCCCCUCUUUAAAGCGGAGGAGGAGGAACACAGCAUCAGUCAUAAUGAAGAUCAUCUUGAAGGACUGGAGGAGGUUGAUGUCCCCAAGAUGCCAUUGACUGUUGUCAUUGUGAAGAGUGAAGAUGAUGAGGUCAAAAGUGAAAGUGAGGAGAAGAGAGAGGCGGAGCCUCCAAGCAGCAGCUCAACUCUACACAUGACAACAGAAGCUGAUGGAGACCACUGUGGAGGAUCACAAGCAGACAAGCUCUUAGCUCCACUAUCAGAUAGUGAUGACACAACGUCACACUCUCCUGACACUGAUGAUAAAAUCUCUGAAGCGGGUUCGACAUGUCACACUGACAACACACACUUUGAAUGUUCUCACUGUGGCAAAACCUUUAAUCACCGUCGUAAUUUGAAAACACACAUGAGAAUACACACUGGUGAGAAACCUUUUUCCUGUUUAAGCUGUGGUAAAAGCUUUACACAAAAUAAUCAUUUGAAAAUACACAUGAGAACACACACGGGAGAAAAACCUUUUAUCUGUUCAAUCUGUGGUAAAAGCUUUACACACAAUAUUAAUUUGAAAACACACAUGACAACACACACUGGUGAAAAACCUUUUAUCUGUUCAAUCUGUGGUAAAGGUUUCGUUCGAAAUAUUGUUUUGAAAACACACAUGAGAAUACACACUGGAGAAAAACCUUUUAUCUGCAAAAUUUGUGCUAAAGGUUUUACACAAAAUAUUGAUUUGAAAGCACACAUCAGAACGCACACUGGCGAAAAACCUUUUGUCUGUUCAGUCUGUAGUAAAGGUUUUACAAAAAACACACAAUUGAAAACACACAUGACAACACACACUGGUGAAAAACCUUUUGUCUGUUCAAUCUGUGGUAAAGGUUUUGCAGGAAAUUGGGUUUUGAAAAUACACAUGAGAACACACACUGGAGAAAAACAUUUUAUCUGCUCAGUCUGUGGUAAAGGUUUCACACAAAAUAGUGACUUGAAAGUACACAUGACAAUACACACAGGUAAAAAACCUUUUUCAUGUUCAAUCUGUGCUAAAGGUUUUGUACGGAAAGGUCCGUUAAAAAUACACAUGAAAAUACAUACCAGUGAAUAGGGAUGGGAAUGGAAAACCUGUUCUUGUUCAGAACCACUUCCCAGUGUAUCAAUUCCUUGGAAUCGCUUGCCAUCGAUUUUCCGGGUGGGGAUGACAUCAUUAUGCGAAGUGCGUAUGGCGUAGUGAUGUCAGGCCUCAAGAUGGUAAUACCUGUUUGGAACAAACACUGACAUUUUACAAGAAAAUAUUGUAACAGCGCUACUUGUAAUAAUUAUAAGGCUGCUAUUUCAUCAAAAGAGCGAGUGAGCGAUCAUGCCCCUUUUACCAGCUACGAGAUGAAGACGUUUGCAACCUCAUAGGAGAUCAAGCUCACACUUUACAUCCUCAGUUUUCCAUCUUCUAAUGGAAUGGCUGAGCGAGCCAUAAAGACUGUCAAACUGGCACUG